AAUUAACAACGCUAUCGGACUAUAGGCUAUAGUUCUACAGUAUUUUACAACACCAGCAACGCGCCCGCCUCUCUUUUUAAAAAGGGUGUGCUUGUCUCUUUAAUUAAACGCCUAUGGGAGGAGAUUGCGCUGACAGACCGUGGAUUGAACAGAAAGGGUCUCGUCGUGAGUUUACACGCCAACCCCGGCGGCGACAGCAGCAGCAACAGCAGCCCGGCGAAACGACAACAAGCCCGCCUUCCCCAACCCUCCCCAACAUCACCGAGCAGAGCCGAGAAACGACAACCAGCCCGCCUUCCCCAACCCUCCCCAACAUCACCGAGCAGAGCCGAGAAACGACAACCAGCCCGCCUUCCCCAACCCUCCCCAACAUCACCGAGCAGAGCCGAGAAACGACAACCAGCCCGCCUUCCCCAACCCUUCCCAACAUCACCGAGCAGAGCCGAGAAACGACAACAGCCCGCCUUCCCCAACCCUUCCCAACAUCACUGAGCAGAGCCGGGACUGACUCAACCGAGCAGAGCCGGGACUGACUCAACCGAGCAGAGCCGAGACUGACUCAACCGAGCAGAGCCGAGACUGACUCAACCGAGCAGAGCCGAGACUGACUCAACCGAGCAGAGCCGAGACUGACUCAACCGAGCAGAGCCGAGACUGACUCAACCGAGCAGAGCCGGGACUGACUCAACCGAGCAGAGCCGAGACUGACUCAACCGAGCAGAGCCGAGACUGACUCAACCGAGCAGAGCCGAGACUGACUCAACCGCCGCCGCCGCACCUGCACCCGGACUGGCUGACUGCGCGAGGAGGGACCCGAGUUCUAGAACACGGUUCAAAAUUCAAACGGCAAACCGCCAGGUCUCGUGUCGGGGACGGUUAGGUUUUCAGGAUUCAUUUAUAUAGAGGACCGUUUGUGUAUUGACGUGUCCCAGAGCUGUAUGUAUUUAUAUUUAUAUUUUAUUUUCAUUUAUGACAUUUAAUGAAAUGAUGCCGAGGUACCGACGACAGACAGCAAAUGACACUGCCUCCGCUGUACAACGCGAGUUUGAAGAUGAUUUUAAUUCAAGAGAAGAGAAAGCGUGUGUGUUUGAAUAACGGUGUAGCUCUGUAUUAUUAUUAUUAUUAAUAUUAUUAUUACUAAUACACAAUUUGAAAAGUUUUCUUUUUUAUUUCUGUUGAUAACAACACGAACUGCAUUUUUGUUAAGGAAUAAAACAUAUUCUCUGACACUAAUUGAAUAUAUAUAUCUAUAUAUAAUUGAUUUUUCCAUCGCUACUCACACUUCAAGACGACCGCCUGUUUGGUCUAGGACUGUUGAAAGAAAAGUCUUUGAAAACGCCUCAAAAUAACCAAAACCUGGAAUAUCAUUUCUGAAAAUUAAUUCUUCAUUAUCAUCAGCACAUCGGAUAUUACAGACGGUUCCCACUGUGGAUUAGUUAUUUUUACAAUGUGGAAUACGCCGGACUUCUGUUUGGAGAUUUUUAAACUUGGGUUUCAGCAUUUAAGAGUCCUGUUUCUAAGUUUCCUUAUACCAUAAGGGUUGGAAAAGACGGAUUUUAAAAAAUAAAUAAAUAUAUAUAUAAAGAGAAAUACGAGUUUGGAGCUUUUUUUUCUUGAGCCGUUCCAAACCAGAACUCGCAAUGGAGAUUCAUCUGAAAGUUAUUCUGGGAAUUCUUCAGUUUAUUUUGAUAACUCGGCUGCCUGUCUCAUUUGCCAAGCUGGCACGCUGGCACACGGGUGACUCGCACAAAUCCAGGGAAGUGUUGGCGUGGCUGGAUGUGUAUAAUCGCUCGUUGUGUCAGCCUCGCGAGGUCCUGGUUGACGUCUCCUCCGAGUUCCCUCAGGAAGUGGAGCACCUCUUCCUGCCCUCCUGUGUGCCGCUGCGCCGCUGUGGGGGGUGCUGCGGGGACGAGGCCAUGGAGUGCGCCCCAACCAGCACACACACGCUCACAGUGGAGUUGAUGAAGACUAAGUAUGACAGCCACGAAUGGGUGAGGAUGCCUUUCACUGAGCACAGCGCGUGUGAGUGCAGAUUUAAGAAAGGCGUAACCCCAGUGCUGCCACAGAGGCAGUGCAGUGCAUGUGUGGUACAGUGGAAGGUGUUGGAUCCCGUGUCCUGUGAGUGCUCGUGUCGGCUCUCUCCCCGGCACUGCCGCAGGAAGGGGAAGGAGCUGAACCAACGCUCCUGCAAAUGCGAGUCCCUGAGAAAACGCUGACUGCAGGAAACGAAGGCGAGAGAGCGGGGCAGAGAGAGAGAAAGAAAGCUCCUAGCGCGUUCUCAUUUAUUGCAACGACUUCAACUGUGAAGAAGGAAACAGCGGCAGAGAAGAGAAGAGACAAACACACACAACCAGCCUGUGAAGAACUCAGGGGGUCGGGCCGGGGGAACCCCUCAACUGAACCCCUCUGUACCCCAAAACAGGAGAGCUGGGCUUAUAUUGGGAGUCGGGUUCUGCUGUGAAUGCUCGUUUGGCUGUUGGAAAGCGAGAACUGGAUUAUUACACACAAACAAAAGAGGAAAGAGUCAAAUUGCUGAGACAUAAUAUUUAUAUAUAUAUAUUUUCUACCAAUUGCAAGCUCAGAUACCACGGAGAGCGUGUUUUGGAAGAUUUGACAUUAAAAGCUGAGUCUUGUGUUUCGAUUGAUCACAGAACUCGGGACAGCAAAGGUGUUUAGCCCAGGGUGUUCUGCCUGGCUAAACACCCAGAUCCGUACACGCCUACACACAAAAAAAAAAAAAAAAAACUACAGUCCAGAUAGAGGUGCACAUAGAAGCCCUAGGACCUGGCGUCCAUGCUUGUAGUUCUAAUCCCAGCGCAGUGCAGGUCAAGGGUUAAACGCCUGGCCUGGGUCACCGCGCCAUUGACUGCCCUGAGCCUGGCUAAAUCAGAAGUCUUUUUACAUUUCUUGCAGAGUUAAACUUGGCGAGAGAGAGAGAUAAUGGGGAAAUAAAUGGAAAAUCCUUUUACAACAAUAAUAAUAAUAUCCAUCUAAAAUCAAGGACCGAUUUUAUUUGCUUUCUGCUAAGCCACUACUAGAAAACAGAAGGACUGUGUAUUCUUUGAGCGUAGCUGGCUGAGAAUAUGCCUGCCUACCUGCACUGAAAGCAAACCUGCGGGAGAGGACCCCUAUUUAAAAGGCUGGCCCAAUGGAAAUUGCCACUGAACUUCUCAGAAAGCCGGGAAGCUGAACUAUGCUGUAUAACUGUAACAUGUUAUUCUUUGAGGGGGUGCAAAUAUUGCUAAUUCCAUAAUAAUGUAAACUAUAUGUGGGCUUUACUGUACAAUACCCACGCUGUUGAAAACAAUUAUUUAUAUAGAUAGAGAUAUUGCAGUAAAAUUCCAUGGUUUGGUUUUUUUCA